AGGUUUUGUAUAUGAUAGUAUACCAAGAGUUUCAUAGUCAACAUUCUCUCUGUUUAACAUCAGUGCUCAUAGUGAUGUGACGUUCGCCAGAGAAGAUAAUAUGCGCGCGAUAACGCAGUUUUAUCGAGCUCACACGUGUACUGUACAUUUACGCGUACGUAAAUGACGUGGUUAUUCAAUUAAUAAAUAAUAUAAAAAGCAAAUAAGUAGUUUUCACUUUACCGACAGUGAUAAUAAACAAUAAAUAUAUUACUAAGAAUCAACUGUUCAUUUAUAAAUUUUUUAUAUUUAUAUUGGAUAGAUUUUAAAUCUAAACGAACAAAACGAUACAUUUUAACAAGUUAACUACUUAAUGAAUCGUUUAUGUAUCUAUAAAUUAUUUUUAUUAUUAUACUGAGGUUGAUAAUUAUAUUUUACCAUUACAAGAAAAAACAUCAGAUGAUAAAAAAAUUUUAACGCUUUUUUUACCGUUUUUAAAAGUGGUAAUUAUUAAAAUCGUAACGACAUAUGAAGGACAUAAUAAAAAAAAUUAAUGUAAAUAAGAAAAGUUGAGGUAAUAUAAUUAUGUGUGGUUUCGUGUUAAAAUAUAAUUAUUAUAAACACGCAAAAACUAAUAAUUAUUGUGGGUAUGGACCAAGAAAUUAACAAAAACUGAACCGCUUGUUGAAAAUAAAUCUUCAAGAUAAAUUUUAUAUUUUGUAACUAAAUUAAAUAAAUCACUAAACUAAUAAAUCUGAAAAGAUUUUCAAAACUAUUCCAAAUAACUGUGACAUAAAAUAAAUAAUAAAAGACCUUCAAAACUGCGAAUAUUAAUAUUUAAAUUUUAAUAAUGAUCAAUGAUGAAAAUUUAGUUAACAAUAAUGAUAUUGCAACAUCGAAAAAAACGGAUUCGGAAAAAAAAAAUUCAAAACUUAACAAUGGAAAAAAAAGUUCAGAUCGUUCAUUGAUGAAUAAUAAUAUAACUCAAGAAUCAUCAGAAAAUAUUGAAAAAAUGUGGGAAUCAAUGCUAAGGAUGCAAGACGAAAUUGGUACAAAAGCUAUUAAAGAAAACUUGGAUAUAAUCGAAAAUAAUUUACGUGAGGUAAAGCAGUCAAGUUUAGAGGAAAUGAAAACUGAGGAUGAAGAGCUCGAUCUGGACUUAGAGGAAUUAUCGCCUGAGGUGAUGGAGUACGCUAAACGGGAACUCGGUGAAACAGAUGAGGUCAAGUGCCAAACAUUGCAGGAGCUACGUGACAUGAUAUAUGAAAGAGGUGAAUGUACCCCCCACAGGAUGGACGAUGCCUUUUUAAUCAGAUUUCUUCGUGCACGUAGUUUCAAUGUUAACCGAGCUCAUCGGUUGGUUGUUAGAUAUUAUAAUUUCAAAGAAGAUCAUCCGGAAAUACAUAAAAAUGUAAAUCCACUAAAAAUGCAUCAUAUUGGUGAAGAUGAUGUAAUGACUGUGCCAGCAUAUAGAACACAAUGUGGACGUAGAAUGAUGAUUUAUAGAAUGGGUAAUUGGGAUCCUAAAAAAUAUGGCGUUGAAGAAAUUUUCAAAGCAACUGUUAUUAUACUUGAACUGGGAGUUUUGGAACCGCGAGCACAAGUUCUUGGCGGAGUCGUUAUUUUCGAUCUUCAGGAUAUUACUUUAGCACAUGCUUGGACUAUUACACCUCAGGUUGCAAGUAUGGUAAUGGCAUUAAUGGUAUCCUCAUUUCCAAUGAAAACUUAUGCGAUUCAUAUUCUUCAUCAGUCUUGGGUAUUUGACAUGAUAUAUGCAAUGUUUAAACCUCUUAUAAAUAAAGAAAUGCAAGAACGUGUUUUUUUCCAUGGUGAUGAUAUGACAAGCCUUCAUAAACAAGUGGCGCCUACGUCAUUGCCGAAGAAAUAUGGAGGUACACGAGAGGAGUUGCCAUAUUACAAGUGGAUUGAUUCACUUAGCUUAAAACCUAAAAUUGUCAAGGAAAUGCAGUCACUUGGUUACGUUAUUCCAGAGGAGUUGGUUAAAGACCUUUGAUCUUUAUCAUUUCUCUACAUAGAAUAUUUAAUUUGAUAUGAUAUAAAAGAUAGUAAUUGUAGUAACAAAAUAUAAUAUUUUAAUAAAUAUUAUAUUCUUUUAGAUUGUCACUGAUUUCUUAUAAUUAAUUAUAAACUAUCAAUAAUUAAAGCCUUGCUUCUAAUUAUUACGAUAUUUAAAUUAUUUUAUGUAACUCAUGCUAAUAAAGAACACGCCGCUAACUGGCUAAAGUCAGCCUCAAAAUUUUAUGUUAAAAUACAUCCUUUCUGACUUGUCAAACGACUGGUUUAAUAUAUAUUAAACCACCGAAUUUUAAUGAAAUAGGCGAAGUAUAGCCCUACUCAAUAAUUCAAUAACUAAUCUAUCACCUUUCUCUUUUAAAUACUCAGCACACAUAUGUGUAGAUCAAGACAGCGUCAGCUGAAUUUUAUAACCUUACAUACCUCUAUCAAUUGAUAAAGUAAAUUAUUUUUAUAACUCUGCAUGACGCUGACUUUAGACAUUUAACGGCGUUUUUCUUCGUGCAUUCAUUACAUAAACUACUGUAUAAAUCUAGUGACAUCGAGUAUGAUACCGAUUUCACAUGAUGCAUAAGAUACUAUUGAUUAAACGUUUUUAUUUUUUUG